GUGUGACAAAAAGACCAUUAUACCAAUGGUUGCCUGGUUGGUCCCGUGCUUGCGCAGUGUCCACAUGGCCGGAUAGCGAUAUCCAGUGCGGUGGUGUUUUACGGUUAAAUUUAUCGUGGUCUGUUUACUUCGUCAGUGGUGUGGCCGUGUGGGCGCGAGGAUUUUAGCUGGAAACGAUGAUGUCAACUGAAGCGAAGCUCGAGCUUCGGGAGCUCGGGAACACAGGCCUCAAGGUCAGCUCCGUUGGCUUCGGUGCCUCUCCUCUCGGCAACGUCUUUGGCACAGUCCCUGAAGAAGAAGCCAUCGGUUCCGUCCGUGAAGCGUUCAAUUCCGGCAUCAAUUUCUUUGACACCUCUCCGUUUUACGGAGGAACGUUGUCAGAGAAGGUCCUCGGGAAUUCUCUGAAAGCUCUAGGGGUCCCCAGAAAUGAGUUUAUAGUGGCGACAAAGUGCGGACGCUACAUCGAGGGUUUCGAUUUUAGUGCGGAGAGAGUCACGAGGAGUAUCGACGAGAGCUUGGCUAGAUUGAAACUGGAUUAUGUGGAUAUACUUCACUGCCAUGAUAUCGAAUUUGGGUCUCUUGAUCAGAUAGUAAACGAGACGAUCCCUGCGCUUCAGAAAUUGAAGGAAGCAGGAAAGAUCCGCUUUAUUGGUAUAACGGGACUUCCAUUGGGUAUUUUCACUUACGUGCUUGAUCGAGUUCCACCUGGUUCAGUCGACGUGAUUCUGUCCUAUUGCCACUAUAGCAUUAAUGAUUCCACUCUUGAAGAUCUGCUUCCUUACUUGAAGAGCAAAGGGGUUGGUGUUAUCAGCGCUUCUCCACUUUCAAUGGGCCUUCUCACGGAGAAUGGUCCGCCUGAGUGGCACCCAGCUUCGCAAGAACUCAAGUCUGCAUGCCAAGCUGUGGCAGCCCAUUGCAAGGAGAAAGGGAAGAAUAUUUCAAAGUUAGCUUUGCAGUACAGCUUGUCAAACAAGGAAAUUUCUUCUGUGCUGAUUGGCAUGAACUCCAUUCGACAGGUGAAGGAAAAUGUUGCUGCCGCUUUGGAACUCGUUUCUGUUGGGAAGGAUGAGGGAAGUAUUAGGGAGAUCGAAGGUAUUCUAGAACCUGUGAAGAAUCAGACAUGGCCCAGUGGCAUACAACAAGGUUGAGUCUUCUUGAUAUGAAGUUGCUUAGACUAUAAUAAAUCUACUAUUUGCUGGUGUAAUCCUCCCAAACUGGUCCAUUUUAUGCUGAUUAAUCUAAUGCCCUCUGUUUCUGUUCA